GUGCCAGUUGCGCGAGCGUUAAGAACAUAGAACGCAUUGGGUGCGAAAACUUUAAGCACAAGCUUUUGACUUUAAAUCUCUCAUCGUGUGCAAAGAUGCUGCUGCAGACUUUCACGCAGCUGCUGCUGCUGCUCAGCUUGACAGCACUGGUAAUGCCUGCAUCCUACUUGCGCGACAGCAGCAGCACUGAGCCGCUGCCCAGCAGCAGCAGCAGUGCAGCGCCAAGCACAACAACAACAACAACUGCUGGCAGUAGUGGGCACAAGGAGGAAAUAUUUCCAGCUGUGGCGCCAGUGAUUGAAACGCAGCCCGGCUUGCUGCCGCCUGCACUGGAACAGGAUGAUGGCGUGCGUCGUCGCGUGGUUACCUACGAUCAGCGCCAGGAGGGACAGUACAAUAUUCGCGCCGAUCUGGAGAAUUUUAUGAUUGUGCUCAUACCGCCAGGUCCGCAGGAAGGUCUCAGUUUGUUGGACUUGCUGACCAAAUCCUCUGUGCGUGGCUCCAACAAGCGCAUACAGAAGCGCAAGCAUGCCCAUGUAAUGCCGCUGAGGACCACACCCGAGGCAGUGGGCGCUGCUGUGGGCUUGCCGCUGCCCGAAUUUAUUGAGGGACGCACGCCCUAUCAUGUGGACAUUUCUGCCUCCAGCAAUGAGCAGCAACCAGCGCGUCUGCAUCGCCAGCAGGUGGAUGUGUUGCCGCCUCAGCUGUUGCCAAUGCCGCAGCUUAUCAAGCCCUUUCAUCUGGAGGCGGAGCAGGAGCUAAUACAGGCACUGCCGCCAGUCACGGCCAAUAGCAAUGGACACAAUCUGCUGGAGAGCUUCAACCAAGCCGCUUCACAAUAUUAUCGCAAUUCGCGCGCCUUGAGCGCUGACAGCUUUCUGGAAACCAAUCGUCUGCCCACCGAUGCCAGCUCCACGGGACGUGCCAUUCAAUGUAGCCGCAGUCAGUUGAACAAUGCGCUCUAUCCGCCCAUUGAUGUGCCCGCUUAUCAGGUGAACGAAGCGCAACCACGUCGCUGGCUGCUGGAUGAGGAGCCCACGCCCAUUUAUGCCAAGUCGCAUGCUGACGGCAAGGACUUGAUCGAGGCCGAUGUGCUUAGCUUUGAGCUGUUGGGCGAUGGCUUGGGUGAAUCCAAGUCGCUGUUGCGCGACGCUUUGGCACGUUGUGCACCUGGACAGAGGCGUGACAGCUACGGCGCCUGUCGCCAGAUCGAGGGCUAUUGAGACUAAGACUUUCUAACCAGACUGCUAAGCAUAACGCGCAACUGCGUUUCAUAGUUUUAAGUUUUGCAAACAUUUAUAAAUAAAUUCAAAUACAUAUAUGACUUAAUGAUGAAGCGGAAGUGU